ACUGACCUGCUCCAUCCGACUUCCCUUCAGAAGUUAUAUUUCAUAUGUUAUCUUCUUAGAUAAUUGUUGUUAUACUUCUUUAAAGCCAUGUUUCAUGAUUGUGAAUGAAUUAUCCCGAUAGUAAUUAUUUCGUAUGAAUCCAUUAGAGCCAGAUUCUGACAGUAGCUUGGGAGCAGCGGCCCAAGAAAGUGCUGUAAAAUCCAGAAUACCAACAACCAACACACAAGAAACUGGCGAAGAAAUGAAGCGUGCCGCCCAGGCAUUAAUUGAACGCUACUUCUACCAGCUGGUGAAGGGUUGCGGAAAUGUCGAGUGCACAAAUGAACACUGCGCUUCGAAUUGUAACCAAGCAAAAAUAUCAUCCAACGAGGCAGCGGUGAAAGCAAUCGAGCUGGUUAAGUCGAAGGCGAGAUUGUGCGAUAUCUCACCGAGUAAGCAAAGGAAGAAGGAUGAAGAAGCCUCGACCAGUUCUUCAACUGUAGAAAAUCACUCAGAUGUGCUGCAAGAACAAUCAAAAACCAAAGAGAAGCCGAAUACAGAAAAGGAAGCAGCAAAACCAAGUUUUAUUACUGAAGAAAUUAUAAUGGAAAAGAUAAACUUGUUAAAAGAGAGUAAAUCUUCAAGUCCUCUGGUUCGUUUAAUUGGUAGCGUCUUCUCAGAUUGGCAGGCGUUGAGUAGAAGUUUUUUAAAAAGGAAGCCCCUUACAAAAGAGCAAAAAAGCGCGUUGUGCGAGGACGAAGAUAAAGACACAGAUGAGUGUGAUACCGCAUCAUGCAGUUACAGUCGACAAACCGGUUUACUGAAUGAACCUUCCGAACUAGAUCUUGACGGUCUGAAGCGCAUUUACAGCGUUUUACAAGGAUGCGAACAAACUAACGUACUAAAUGCAUUACAAAAUGCUAUUGAUUCGCUCUCUUGCGCCGUUGAGAUAGAAGCACGGUGGAACCAAGAUCUCAAAGAGAAACCGGAGCUACUGAACUUUGUACUGAUCAUAAUGGAAAACCCAAUGCUGCAGAGUCCAGAGUUUCUAGACAUGGCUCUGCCACACUUCUGCAAAGCAGUCGUGUCUUUACCACUUGCCGCACAGGCAAACCUUGUGCGUAGGUAUUCUAAGUUCUCAGCUGAAAAUUUGAAGUCAAAACUUGAUACGUUGCAGCAGCUCGUAACAUAUAAAGUGAUCACGGGAACUUUUCGAAACUUGCAUGUUAAUGAUGAUUCUGCCAUCACAAAUGCUACAAAGUUCAUGCGUAUUAUAUAUUACGCUAGUAUUCUCGGUGGAACUCUUGACGCCUCUUCCUGCAGAGACGUACUGGAUGAAGAUACAGACUGGCGUGAUAUGCUUGGUGCCGUCGGACCUGAAAAUAAAGAACGAAAAGUGCCAUGCCGAGAUCAGCUUGAGAAACUCCUUGGAAUCGACGUGCUUAUCAGUGCAAAACCUCUAAUUCCCUUUUCUGAAUUUUACAAUGAACCGCUAAACGAACAACUGGAAGUUGAUCACGAUUUCACGCAUUUCAAAAGUAACAAUCCUGACAAGUUUGCAUUUCUAAACUUCCCUUUUAUUUUAACACCAGCUACUAAGAAUCAGUGUCUAUAUUACGAUAACAGAAUACGUAUGUAUAAUGAACGUAGAAUGACAGUGUUACAUAGUUUAGUACAGGAUCAAAACCAAUUCAAUCCGUACCUUAGGUUGAAAGUGCGACGAGAUCAUGUUGUAGAUGACGCCCUUGUUAGGCUGGAGCUGAUUGCAAUGGACAAUCCAGGAGACCUGAAGAAGCAGCUGUUUGUAGAGUUUCAAGGCGAGCAAGGUGUUGAUGAAGGAGGCGUUUCGAAAGAGUUUUUCCAGUUGGUCGUUCAGGAAAUCUUCAAUCCUGAUAUAGGUAAUUAUUGCGUUAAUGUAGAAACCAACAAUUAUUGGUUCAAUUCGAUGAGUUUUGAGUCGGAUCGUCAGUUUACAUUGAUUGGUGUCGUCUUGGGAUUAGCUAUCUAUAACAACAUCAUAUUGAAUAUUCAGUUUCCGAUGACACUGUAUCGGAAGCUCUUAGGAAAACGUGCAACCUUCAACGACAUGCAAGAAUGCCAGCCAGUUCUAUACAAGAGUUUGAAAGAUUUAUUAGAAUAUGAGGGAAAUGUAGAAGAGGAUUUUAUGCAAACAUUUAAUAUUAGUGUAAGUGACCUAUUUGGUGGUACCAAAAAGUUCAACUUAAAGGACGAUGGAGGUAAAAUACCAGUAACCAAUAACAAUAGACAGGAGUUUGUUGAUUUGUAUGCAGACUUCAUGCUGAACAAAUCCAUUACCAAGCAGUUCCAAGCUUUUAAACGAGGGUUCGAUAUGGUCACCGACGAAAGCCCUCUAAAGAUAUGGUUUAGGCCAGAGGAGGUUGAACUGCUUGUUUGUGGUAACAAGUACUUUGAUUUUGAGUCUUUGGAGAGUUCGACUGAAUAUGAUGGUGGUUAUAAUUCAAGUACACCUGUAAUUAAAUAUUUCUGGGAAGUUGUAAAUGAGUUUUCAGAAGAACAGAAGAAGCAGCUAUUGAUGUUUACAACAGGAAGUGAUCGUGUGCCAGUUGGUGGCCUAGCCAAGUUGCGCUUAAUUAUCGCAAAGAAUGGUCCAGAUUCCAACAGAUUACCAACAGCGCAUACCUGUUUCAAUGUUCUUCUACUACCCGAGUACUCCAACAGAGAGAAGCUGAAAGAUCGUCUAGUUAAAGCAAUCACCCAUGCAAAAGGUUUUGGUAUGCUGUAGAUUAUCGUAAUAUUGAAACAUUCAGCGAUUAAACAAGCGCAAUUGACAGGCUUACGUACAGUAGACUAUUGUAGCUAUACACCAGCCUUGCUAAUGAUAGGCUGGUCUAUUGCCCAGCCUAGAAUUGACGUGAUUCUACCAGCCUAGCUAUUGAUGAUAGGUUGGCUUACUAACCAGCCUAGCGAUGAUAGGUUGGCUUACUAACCAGCCUAGCUACUGACCAGCAAACAUUUUGACUGGUCUUCUGAUUGACUAGCUAGAGGAGGGAUUUAAAAUAACAUGUACAACAAAAUUCAACUAAAAAUACAUUAUGGGAUGGAUUAUAAAUAUAAUCUAAAACAUCUGUAAUAAAAACUUGGUCAGUAAUUAAUGAUUAAAAUAAUUAAUGAUUACAUAUAAAAGUACAGUCCCACAUUUUCACAUAUCUGUAAUAAAAAUAUUAUCAGCUGAUUGCAAUUAGUAAUGGUCAGUUAAUAACGAUUAAAAAUAAUUAAUGAUUACAUUUAUUAUUAAAAGGGUACAGUCCCACAUGUUCGCAUAGGAUGAGUCCACUACAUUCAUCCAGAUGGCCGUUAAAAAUGUCAAUAUCCUGAUGAGUCAUUUCUUAUGAUGUUGCAUCUAGUUCCUCAUUGGACUCAACAACUUGGCACAUUUUCAGGGGGUGGACUUAUACCCAAGUACUUGAAAAUUUUUUAAAAAUAGUGAACUGCAGAGCCUAGGCCUCAGAAUGUUGAGCGUAGAGAGGUUAGCGUAGAAACUAGCCUGCACAAAGUGUGCAAUGUCCAUUAAAAAAAUGCUAAGGUUAGGGGUAGCCUCAUACCUGAAUAGAACAUGUAGCCUUAUUAUUAGUGUGGGCUUUAUUAUAGGGACGGGGAUUUGUUACAUACGAUCAUGUGGGACUUUAACCUUGACAUUUUUUUAAUUAAGUUUCCUUUGUGAUGUUGCAUCAUUUUGAUAUUAAUUUGUACUGUAGUGUUAUUAAAUUUAUAGAUGUUUUGUAGUUUUAUUAUUUAAAGUAAAUAUAUAAAGUGAACAAAUAACAACAUACUAUAGAUAUUCAUAUUCACAGUUUAAUUAUCAUAGGACAUUACAUAAUAAUAUGGAUGUUAAUAUUUAUUAUUUAAUUAAACUUACAUGAAAUUAUAAAAAAAAAAGGUUGCAUAAUAGUAUUACAUAUGCUGUCCACAUUCAAAAACUCAAAAUUUGCUUUUAGUUAUAGUACAAUUUAUGAUUGAUAGCUUAGUAAAAACUAAAUAAAAUAUAGAAAUUUUUUGAACUAUCUUCAGUUAGAAAAUGGUCAUGACUCAAGUACAUACAUUACAUAAUAAUAUGGAUGUUAAUAUUUAUUAUAAUUUUGGUAAAGCAUACACACUCUGAAGUCCGACAAUACUUUAUUUCAUCAAAGUUUGGUCAAGUUUUUCCUCUUUGAAUAUUUUAAAUAUAUGAGUAAGAAUAUAUUUUGUUUGCUGCAUAAAAAUAUCAACCAAAAUAUAUUAACUUAAUGAAUUGAGCUGCUGGUGUGAAGAUAGUAAUACAGUAUUUUAUUUGGUUAAAUUACUGGAAAAUUAUUAACAAGUUUUUUUUUUUAAUCUGCUGUAUUUACUUCAUCCUCAAUGCAAAGUGCAUGGAAAUAAGUUUUUCUUCUACAUAAGACACAUACAAACGGCUUAGACCGAGUGUCUGUAUUAUGUAAAUUUCAUUGCAUUUUCUGCCUUGCGAGACAGUGAGCAAAAAAUGUGCUCUACUUGAAAUGUUUUGGACAAUAAAUUGCCCAAGCUGAAUGCAAUUUUUGUUUGUGUAUGGUAACCUGAACACACAAGGGCGAUAGCCAAAUGGAAUUCUUUCAUGUGUAAUGAGACUUAGCCUGAGGCUAUGUCAACAAUGAUACAACAUUAUUAUUAAUGUACUUUGUUGAUUAGAAAGCGUAUUUAUUAACAAAGGACGAGCGCUAUCGUGGAGAUGAUGAGUUUCAUGGAGAAUUUCAAAACAGGUGAUAUCCCGUUUACUUUCAGAUGUUUGUGAAUUUACUGCAUUUAAAAUGUGCAAGAUGUUAUUGUGCGAUAUGGUUUUCUGUUGUUAAUAAUGCUCCCUCCAUACUCUUUUCAGCAGCUCUAAUGGUAUGACAAAUGAUAAGGGGGAUGUUAAAUUCUAGCAGUAAAGCUAUUGUAAAGUUGAGUACAAUGUUGGCUAUUGCUAGUAAGCUGAGAUUUCCAUUUUUGUAAAAUUGUGUUCCUGUUCACCGCUUUUUCUAAAUGCAAUAUAUAGGAUUGUUGUAUUUUGGUACACAAAACAGAUUCCAACCGUUAUGCGAAGUUCAAUAAAUCUCAUACAUAUAAAACUAACAAAU